AGCUGCAUCAGCUCAGCUCACAGUCAACAAACCAACCAACCAACCAACCAACGGUCAACAGCUACAUCAACUCAGCAAGCAAGCAAGGAUGAUAGAAAAAGAACUACCAGAAGAGCAGGAGGAGGAAGAGGAAGAGGAAGACCAAGAAUCGAUUAGUCUGUCAAAGAGGUUCAAUCGGAGACAGCUUAUCAUCAACUUCAUCUUCUCAUAUGCACCUCAACUUAGUUCACUCCUCAUCCUGGCUGGUUAUCUGGCUGGCUUCAUCCUGCCCACAGAUCUACUCUCACGAUCGACUUAUCUCUCUGAAAACGCCAUCCUACCAGGUCAAGUCAAUACUUACUGGAGCUGGGCUCAGGUUCAUAAGGCUGAUCGAUACGCAGAUCUACUCGACGAAUGGCGUGAUUUACCAUCUGAACAGCGUGCCUCCCACAUCGCGGCUCUCUUCCAGGGCUUCGGAUUACGUUCUCAAACUCAAUCUUACACCUUCUCCUCACUCGGUUCUCAAGUACAUUCGAUCAGCAAUGGCACCAAUGUACAUGCGAUCCUACACGCCCCUCGUGUCGAUGGCUCAGAGGCACUCGUCCUCAUGGCUUCCUGGCUAACUCGGCGUCCUGGAUCAGAUAUCCAUGGUGGUGAUAUCAACCUACGAGGAGUAGCCAGCGUGUUGGCCCUAGCAGAAUAUCUCAUCAGCUUCAACUUAUGGAGUAAAGAUAUCAUCUUCCUGAUUGCCGAUGAAUACCUCGAAGGAACUCAUGCCUGGUUGAAAGCCUAUCACGGGCUCUCCCAACCCAACUUAAAGAUGCAACCUCUCGACUUGAAAACCGGUUCAAUCUGGGCUGCGCUCAACAUCGACUUCCCAUUCCAUUCUUUUAGUCACAUCGGCAUCGAUUAUGAGGGUAUCAAUGGCCAACUACCCAACCUGGACUUGAUCAAUACUGUUUCUCAUAUCGUCCGUUGGACUGGCUCGUGUCCUGUCACCAUGCAUCAUGAGCCACUGGAACCAAGUUAUCCAAGCUAUCUUCCCGAUCAUCCCGAGGUCCAGAAAUACAUUCAAGCAGGGCGAACGAUCGUCAAGCAGAUGUCACAUGGUCUGGUGGGCUCUCCAUCCGGUCCUGAGGGGCUCUUCAGCACUUAUCGGAUCGAUGCCAUAGCACUGUUCGCCCAUCCUGCCGACGGCCCUCAUGGGUUCCAUACCAUCGGAAAUAUCGUCGAGUCGAGCUUACGCAGUCUCAACAACCUACUCGAACGUCUUCACCAAAGCUUCUUCUUAUACCUCUUACAAUCCGAGGCCAGAUUCUUGAGCGUAGCCAUGUAUCUCAUCGUACCUCUCCUGAUCGGUGUCGGCCUUACCAUCAGAGGCCUCGCUAAAUGGGGAGCUACUGUUAAAGAUUGGAAUUCAUUGUCUCCAUCCGAAGGACAUCAAAAUCAAAACUCAAAAUCGUUCGAGAAACGCCCAGUAACUGAUCAACGGGGAAAUGAAAAAGGCGCAGAAAUCUUGUGGAGCUUGCGGGUCGCUGGGAUCACUCAUCUCGUGGGCGCGAUGAUUUAUUUGGGUCUGAUAAGGUCCAUCGAGCCUACACAUGCUAAAGAGUCCGUCCAGCUUUAUGUUUCCAUCCUCAUCUUCGCUAUCCUUCCCCUGGCGAUCAUCAAGCUACUUCCGCCUAGGAGGGUAAGUUCGGUUGCGAUUUUCGAGCCGAUCCAGCUCAUGCUCUCCGGCUGCUUUAUCUCCGUCAUCUCUGUCCUCAACUUCCCGCUGGGCACGGGUAUUGGCUUCGCUCUUAGCAUCCAUCCCCUGGUCCUCCUCUUCAGCCUCCUCGCCCUCGCCUUGUUCGGACAUCUAGAUAUCUCCAAACUCGUCCAUCUCUUCAGGAACGAUCAGGUCCUUGACGCUUGGUUCUUGCCUUUCGUCGCCAUCCUCUUUUUGCCCCUUUUCGUUCAAUCUCUUCUCGUCCGGUUGUUGAAAGCUUUCUAUUAACUCUGUCACUGUGAUAUUACUACCUUUAUAAAACAGACAAACAGACUUGUUGGUUUUGUUUUCGUUUUCGGCUGUCACCGCUUGUCAUUCUUACUAUUUUUUCUUCUUGUGGGAACAUUUGUUCAUGCGUGCAUACAUAAACAUCUUUUAUUUUCUUUUAUCUACUUAUGAACGUUCAAAAACACAUAGAUGAGUUCCGCUUGCCAGGGGUCUUG